GAAAGUCAAUAUUUACAAACAACUUGCAGGAACGAAUUAAGACAAAAUAUAUUAUAAGAAAUCUGCACUAAGUAUUAAUUAUUUCAUUAGUUUUAUAAAAUACACUACCAAAAUGAACAUAAAUUUACCGAACUUUAACGUGAAGAACCUUAUUAAAGAAGCUGGUCAUUCCUUAUCACGAGCAGUCCAACUAACUGAAGAAAAACUUGGAACAACCGAACGCACUGAAUAUGAUCAGGAAUUUCAAACCUUAGCGGAACAUGCCGAUGCAACUAAAUUGUGGACUGAAAAAAUCGUUAAAAACACGGAAUCGGUCUUGGUGCCAAAUCCUCAAAAUCGUGUGGAAGAUUUCAUAUUUGAGAAAAUCGAUAAAUCAAAGCCCCAACGUUUAAGUAAUCUGGAGCACCUGGCUUUGGACAUGAUUGAGGCAGGUGGAGAUUUUGGUCAAGAUGUGCCAUACGGGCAAGCUUUAAUUAAAGUGGGCCAGGCGGAACAAAAGCUAGGUCAUUGCGAACGAGAUUUUAUUGGUUCUACCAGCAUUUGUUUUACUCAGCCAUUACGAAUAUUUUUGGAAGGAGAUAUGAAAAUAAUUACGAAAGAAAGGGGCUUAUUGGAAAGCAAAAGGCUCGAUUUAGACGCAUGCAAAAGCCGCGUUAAAAAAGCUCGAAGUAUGUUAGGCCAGCAGAUGAAGGAUGGCCUUUCUCCUGAAGCGGCUUUAGAACAGGCCGAACGUGAUUUGCGUGUAGCGCAAUCGGAAUUUGAUCGUCAAUCUGAUAUCACAAAAUCGCUUUUACAAGGACUAAAUUCAUCACAUGAAAAUCAUUUGAAGCACUUGUGCGCCUUCGUACAAAUUCAAUUACGAUAUUACAAGCAAUGCAAUGAAGUUAUGAAUAAUUUACAAAAAGAACUAGUCAAUUUGGGAGUUUCUAAUCCGUCUGAGGUCAUUGAUGUGAGAGAUGAAAACGUUGAAUAUCGGUCUUUGAGCCAUGAAACAUAUGUGGAACACACAAAUAAACAUCUAAAACCAGUGACUGUUACAACUGAUGAAAUGAAAAGAGCUCGCGUAUUAUGUUCAUAUGACGCAAAGGACCAUACCGAGCUAAGUUUAAUAACAAAUGAGGUGAUUUUCGUUUCUGAGUGUUCGCCGCCUCAUUCUGAUUAUAUGUACGGUAAACAAGGCUUACUUCAAGGUCUCGUACCCAGAGCUUUUCUAGAAAUUCUCGACGAAAAGUAAAGUUAAAUAAAAAGUAGGCGUGUUGAUUAAAAGAAUCGUAAAAGUUUCUAAAACACCAAACAAAAAUUCAAUUAACAAAAAUUGCUUGUUCAUAUUAAAAUUAUUAUAGCUAGUAAUAAAUAUGUUAUUAUAUAUGUAAUUCGAAUUUUCAAAUUUUGAAUUAACAAAGUAACUUAUGUGUGCAUAAGUUUCCCACACUAUCAAUAAUCUCAUAGUUUAAUCUUUUCUAAGAAUCGUUAUGAGUUUAAAGCAGGAGACUAAUUUUGAACCAGUACACUAUUACUUACGUUAAUAACAACUACUACGCUGACAAUGCAGUAACAAUCGUUAUUUUGUAUAUAUUACCUCUUAAUUAUAGGCCACAUUACGAAAUUGACGUUAUGUAUUUUAGACUUUUAUUGAGCUCCUCUGUCGUCUAGUGUCAUUCUAUCUUUUGUCGUCUAGUAUCAUUCAUGUGCAAAGGCGAUAACGCACCUAUUUACAGGAGCGGGCACAGAUAAUAUAAUUCUAAACACAGCUGAAACCUUUUCUUACUGUUGCCAAGACAAUAUAAGGGAGAGAAAGUAAAAAGAAAAUUUGUGAGUAUACGUCUGCGUAAAAAUUAGUGUUAGUUUACAAACGAGAAAUCAAUAAAUAUCAAAUAUAGUAAAAGCUCUUUAUUCGCGGGUGUAUAUGUGCCGCGAAUAC